AUGUCCGCCUACGACAUGCCCAUCCCCCCCCGGGGCAACAGGGUCUCCGUGUCCCACCCCUCCUUGCUGGGGGGGAGCGGCGCGGUGGGGAUCAUUCGCAGCCUGCGCCUGGACAGGCAUCCCAAGGUGGCCACCCUCGUGGCCCUGUGGCUGCUGGGCCUGUUCUCGGCCUUCCUGUCGCCGGCGCCCGUGCGGAUCACGCCGGAGAUGCAGGCCAGGUUCGAGGAGGGGAUGGAGCUGGUGCAGGACGCUGAGCAGAGGCUGGCAUGGGCGUACUCCGAGUAUGUGGAGGCGCGCGCGCAAGUGCAGGCCGCCCAGGUAUGGUUCUGGCGCUUCCGGCCGGAGCACAGGAAGGUCGUGCGCGAUCGGCAGGUGUGGGAGGCCCAAGCGAGGGCGGAGGUCGAAAGGCUGAGCGCAGAGAAGGCUUCGAAGUUGAGCUCGGCGAAGUCAGAGCUGGGGAUCUGGAGCGAGGCGGGCCUGAGCGAGGGCCGGGCGCUGUUCUGGGAUUCCUACGGCCGGGGUAAGCUGUUCGCGCAGCGGCAGAGUCUGUGGGACGCCAUGUACUCGAUGCUGCUGUCCAGGGAGCCGGACGCCCUGGGCAGGAUACUCAACCUGGUGGCGAUCGUCUGCGUCAACUUCACAACGGGCAUGCUGAUGUCGUUGCUGUUCUUCGUCUUCGCGCUGCCGGGGAUGAUUGCAUCGUUCCGGCCGGACAUUUUGAGCGCGAUCGUCUUCUUUGGCCUGGCGUCGAUAGGGGCCUUGAGUGUGAUCGUCAGCUUUUUGGGGCUGCUAUACGGAGGGUCCGUGACAUUUGUGUACGCGAUCGCUGGGCCCAGCGUGGGGAGGUUGGAUGCCAGGAGGAGAGCCCGCAGGAUCCGGUAUAGAUCCCACUACGACUAG